AUGGAUUUAAAAUUACCCCCAACCAAUCCAACCAACCCCCAACAAGCAAAGACUUUUAUGAAGUCAAUAGAGGAAGAUGAGAAAAACAAGACUGAAGAUUUGGAUAUCAUUAAAAAAGAAGAUGUAGAUGAACCUAAACAAGAAGAUACUGAUGGUGGUAUUGGUAUAGUGCCCACAUUACAGAAUAUAGUUGCUACGGUGAAUCUUGAUUGUCGACUUGAUCUCAAAACAAUUGCUUUACAUGCAAGAAAUGCAGAAUAUAAUCCAAAACGUUUUGCUGCGGUGAUUAUGAGAAUAAGAGAUCCAAAAACGACGGCAUUAAUAUUUGCUUCGGGGAAAAUGGUUGUGACUGGGGCAAAAUCCGAAGAUGAUUCCAAGUUGGCUUCAAGAAAGUACGCUAGGAUCAUUCAAAAGUUGGGGUUCAAUGCUAAAUUUUGUGAUUUUAAAAUUCAAAAUAUAGUGGGUUCUACUGAUGUUAAGUUUGCUAUUAGAUUAGAAGGCUUAGCUUUUGCUCAUGGUACUUUCUCGCUGUAUGAACCAGAAUUAUUCCCUGGAUUAAUCUAUAGAAUGGUUAAACCAAAAAUUGUUUUACUUAUAUUUGUUUCUGGGAAGAUUGUUUUAACGGGUGCUAAAAAAAGGGAAGAGAUUUAUGAUGCAUUUGAACUGAUUUAUCCGGUCUUGAAUGAAUUCCGUAAGAAUUGA